AUGGCCACCUCACCACCAGGUUCGCCCGCAAACGGCGUUGCGCGGCCCAUGAGCGCAAUGAUCCGACCGAACCGCAGCUCCAGUCGCAUGAGCGUGAGCAGUAAACCCGGUGGAAGCAGGGCCUCAGAUGAGGACAGCAGGACGGCAGUCAAAGUUGCUGUACGAGUGCGGCCACCACUGCAACACGGCGAACCGGGCUAUGAACUCAUUCCACAGCGAUUUCGCGGCGCCCUAUGCCACGUCACAUCUCCCUCAAGUCUAACUAUAGAUGCUACCGGCGGAAAGAAGGUCUUCGUCUUUGACCGCGUAUUUGGCGAGGAUAUUGAGCAGGAGGGCGUCUUCGAAUACGUAUCAGACAGUGUCAAUUCCUUCGUACAGGGCUACAAUGUCUCCAUUCUUGCAUAUGGCCAGUCUGGCGCGGGAAAGUCGUAUACCAUGGGUACCACAGGCCCGCGAGACCAGGCAGAUAACGAAGUCAUGGGCAUCAUUCCUCGCGCUGCCGCGCUACUAUUCGAGAAGCUUGAGGGCCCCAGCAAUCGAGCUUCAUCGUCAGGUAUCCGCGCCCCAAGCAGCCGUCUGUCGGGGAUACACAACAUCUCCUCCAAGUCCUCGUCAUCCGCCAAUCGCAACUGGCAGCUCAAGGCGACCUACGUUGAGAUCUACAACGAGCAACUUCGCGAUUUGCUGAUCCCUGAACAUGUGGCUCCCAAUGACAGGCCCCAAGUGAAUAUUCGCGAGGACCGCGACGGUCGCAUCCUCCUAACUGGCCUGACCCAAAUUCCUAUCAACUCGGUCGAUGAUAUGCUCGGUGCGCUCAACUUCGGCUCCGCAAUCCGGCAAACCGAUGCGACGGCGGUCAACGCCAAAUCUUCGCGUUCACAUGCUGUCUUCAGUCUAAACCUAGUCCAGAAGAAGUCGUCACCUGCCGCGCCUACCCCGACUCGCGAGAAGCGCCGAUCCGUCCCAAUCGAGAUGAUGUCGGGCUCCUCGAGCGAGAGCUGGGUGACAGUCGACAGCAAGUUGCAUUUUGUGGACCUGGCAGGAAGUGAGAGGUUGAAGAAUACCGGAGCGCAGGGCGAGCGGGCUCGGGAGGGUAUAUCCAUCAAUGCAGGGCUGGCGAGCUUGGGCAAAGUCAUCUCGCAGCUGUCGGCACGUUCCCACGGGGGCUAUGUCUCGUACCGCGACUCUAGGCUCACGCGCCUGCUGCAGGACUCGCUUGGCGGCAACGCCAUCACCUACAUGAUUGCUUGUGUCAACCCAGCCGAGUUCCACUUAAGCGAAACCUUGAAUACCGUCCAGUACGCGCAACGCGCCCGCGCUAUUCAAGUCAAGCCCCAAAUUCAACAAAUCCAUGACGACAGUGAUAAACAGGCAGCCAUCGACCGGCUGCGGGCCGAAGUCCAAUUCCUCCGGGACCAGAUUCGACUGUCUGAGCGCACGGAUAGAAAGAAGGCAAUGCCUCAAGAGCGUCACGAGCGCGAAGCUGAGCUUCAGAACCAACUGCUCGAUGUUCAAGAGAACUACAAUGCCCUCAGCACCCGUCACGCUAAGCUAAUCUCCGAGAUCACCAAGGCCCGCGACAACCAAGAAACGGAGACGCCUAUGCUCAAGGAUGCUAUUGGUGACUCUGCACUUGAGAGGCUGAAACGAUCCAAUUCUUUUGCCGAGGCAGUCGAAUCCGUCGUCUUGGAAUACGAGAAGACGAUCCAAUCGCUUGAAGCCUCCCUCUCCAACACACGCUCAUCAUUGUCGAACAACGAGAGCGACCUCCUGGAGAAGGAGACACGCAUCGCAAUUCUCGAAAGCCAGAACCAUCACCUGCAAUCACGCAUCCAAAAGGCGAUGGAACGGGACGCAAACAACGAAGAGUAUGUCCAAUCGCUCGAGCGCCAAAUCGAUAACUCAGCGAAUGGCAUUGAAAAGAACGAUACCAUCAUCUCUGAGCUACGCGAGAAGUUGCACAGGGCCCGUGAGAACGAGACAAGCAGCGAAGAAUACAUCUCUACACUGGAAGAGCGUCUGGCUGAGAACGAGCAGGAGACUGAGAUCAUGAAUCGUGAGAUUGAGCGGCUGAAGCAUGUCGUUGAAAGGCAACGCAGUGUCGCCAAGUUGGACAAUCUUCUUCACGAGCUCGACCACAGAGAUUCCACUGACGAACCCUACGUCAACGGCCAUUCCAAGACACCUAGCGAUCCAUUCAUCGAGAAGCGUCCUAAGCUAGAGAAGCGGGUCACUAGCGAGAGCAUGCACCAGUUCGGCACGCCCGUGGAUGCCAUUCCUGAAGAGGCUGACUCUGAGCGUCCUCUUACAGCCAGCACAGCUGCUGCUCAGCAUGACGGCGCAAAUGAACCAAAGGACCGUUUUGCUGUCAAGGCUACUUCAACUGUAGGCGAUGAGCCUUCUAGCCCAGCGCAAACUCGCUUUGUCAACGACAAACUCGAAACUGUAACUCAAGAGCUGCUUGACCUACGCGUGGAACAUGAAGGAACGCUUCAAGACUACGAGAAACUUGCUAGCAAGUACCAAGAGGCUUUGCGGACCUUGGCCGCUCUUCAAGAUUCUGUGGACGAGGCGCGCCGUAAUGGAGUAACGUCGGUGCCAUCCUCCCGACCAAGUUCUUUCUUAGCAGAAGCAGGAGUGAAUGGACUCACAGCAGAGGAUGAACCACUAUCGUCCUCGCGUACAUUGUCUGCGGAAUUGUCCUUAGCGGAGUCUGGCAAUCCAAGUAUUCCAGACGACGAGACGGAGGUUGGCCAUGAUGAGACCAAGGCCCGACGGGUAUCAGUCGCCUCCAUGAACCAGGAGCAACACAUUCCUGACACCGUGUUGGUCCAGGAGCUGAAGGCUCUGAAGCUACUACACAACGAGAAAGAGGAGCGUAUAGAGAAGCUUCAACAGAGCUACUCCGAAUUGCAGGAGGAGCACCAAGACACACUCGACUACGUCGAAGAGCUGAAAUCGGAGGUCCAGAAAGCCCAGAUGCAGGCGAACCGGCCAUCUUCACCAUCUGUGCAUAUGAUCCGCCGAAAAUCUAGUCAAGCAGUUCUCGCGAACGAUCGUUCUAACCGCGCAUUCGCCUCGCUUCGUAACAUGGCUUUGGAUACGCUUGAAGAGGACCCCGACGCCAUCCAGAACUUCGAGCUCAACCUCAACACUAUCAUGUCCGAGCUUCAUGUGCGGUCUGAGCGAGUACAGGAUCUGGAGAUGGAGUUGCAAUCCGUACGCAAGGAGAUGGAAGGCAAGAUGACUCUGAUCAGUGGUCUGACAAAAGAACGCUCCAGCUUGAAGGCCGGGUCUCCUCUCGACAUCUCCAUCGUUGCUUCGAUGCAGGAUCAGAUGAAGCAGAACGAGGAGCACAUCAAGGAAUUGAAAGAUUCCCACACUCAGCGUGAACAAGAACUCAGAGCGCAGAUUGAGAACCUCAAGGCCUCUGCCAGGAGCGUUGAUCCAUCUGAUGAUCUACCAUCACAUCGCCAGACGCCUGAGGCGAUGCCGACUAUUAACGGUCACAACGAACCUGAAGAUGACGCUACUCGCCAUACUCAGCUCGCUACGCUUAGUGACGAGGCUGCCCACUGGCAAUCGAAGCAUCUCGAAGCUAUUGAAGCUACUAAGGCCUCCGAGAAGCGACAUCUUGAGACUGUUCGCGAAUUAGAGUCUGCGAAGCAGCGGCUCGAAGUUGAUCAUGCUCUACGCGUAUCUGAGAUCGAGCAGACUCGAGGCGCUGAGUCUGAGGCUGCUCUAGAACAGGAGAGGACCAAGCACUCUGAUCUCAUCGCUACUUUGCAAGCCGAGGUUGAUCAGCACAAAUCCACGGCUGUCAACAAUGCUGCCCGCCUUGCUGAGCUUGAAGAAUCUCACGCGAGCAUUAUCCAGCAGAUCGAGGAAGACUCUGAAGCUCGAGCGCUUACUGAGAAAGAACUCGACACUCAUCGGUCGCUUGUUUCCAACUUGGAGAGGCAGAUCGAAGAACACAAGGCAGCAAUUGACUACCACCAACAAGGCAUGGACUCUAUCCAGAAGUCACAUGCAGUCGAGCUUGAGAAGCUCACACUAGAGCUGACGACCCACCAAGAGACAUCUGCCUCGCUCGAAGCAGAUCUUUCCAAGGCCAAGUCCGAGAUGGCGACGCUGCUGGAGGGUGUUUCGGCUGCCCUAGGCGAGGAGACUGAUAUCAGCAACGUCCAGUCUCAUAUCGAAGCACUGGUCCAGGAACGCAAGUCCAUUACUAGCAAACUGGAGGAGGCUGUAGCCGAGCGUGAGGCGGCUAGGAAAGACCUCACGGAAGCCACCAACCAAAUCGACACGCUCAAGGGCAAGAUGAAGGAGUUCGAACUCAUCAACGCCGAGACAUUGAAGGAGCUCGAGAAGGUCAACGAGAAGGAGCAUAAGAGCGCCCGGCUUGUACAAGAACUUGAAGAUCAGCUCAACCAGAACUGGGACCAGCAUGAGGCUGCUAACAACCGAUUGUCAGCUCUGCAAACUGAGCGCACUCGUGAGCUUCAAGAUGCCAUGAACCACGGUGAAGAGCUUGAGAAGGAAGUACAAGAGUCACGCAUCAAGAUCGCACUCUUAGAGUCACAACUGGUGGACGUGAAGCGAAACUCUGCUCGUGCUUCUAUUGAUCCUCGUGAAGACCUUCAACGAUCCAACUCGAACAACUCCACUGCGCGCAAGAGCACCGCGCACACGUCUCUGCCCUCACCACCACCUGCCAUCCCUCUCCCCCCUCUUCCUCCUGGCAGCCCACCACCUCAGGCCAGUGCGCCUUCUCCCCCUACCUCGCGCCAUCAGAGCAAAGAUAUUGCGCAUGCUCAAUUGGUCGAAGACCAAGAGGCCCGCAUCCGUACCAUCGAGAAGCAUUUGUUCGCUGAGAAACAGCUCACAGCUACCCUUGAGGAUGCCUUGACCGACCUCGAAGCUUCAAGCACCAAGACCAAGACUGAUCUGGAUCAGUUCAGGAAGAAGUGUGCUACCUUGGAAGAGGAGUUGAACGUGAUGCGCAAGGAGCGUAGCGCAGCACGCCACUCCCUUCAGGCUGUUGAAGAGGAGCGCAAUGCCCGUCUUCGUGUUGAAGCUGAGCGCGCCCACCUCGAAGCUCGCAUGGCAGCCCUCAACAACGCACAGAAGAAGGGCAAGAAGAAGGGCACCCUAAACUGCUUCUAA